AUGGUCAGCACUCGAACAACCUAUAUCUUGUGGUUCACGCUUGGCUGGCUGGGCAUCCAUCAUCUCUACCUGGGCAGGUUCUACCAUGCAUUUGUCUGGUUUGCCACCCUUGGGGGAGGUUGUGGUCUCGGCUGGAUUCGAGAUGCCUGGAGAAUACCCGCCUACGUCGAGUGGAGUAAUCCGGACAAACAACAGCGAAAGAAAUACGCUCAGAGGGCAGCAGGAAAAACCAAGCCAGAACACAGCACCUUCCGCUCCCUCGGAAUGACCUUAAUGGGCUAUCUCAUGUCUAAAGUGUUCAGCUGUCUGAUCCCUGACUACAGCCACAUGUAUGAUACAGACCCAGUGACCUACUAUGCGUUGUACUGUUCUUCUUUGCUUUUGUGUGUCCUUGGAAAUGCACUGGGCAUCUACCUUGUGGCAAAUAUUGGAGAGCUGAAAUGUUCCUUCAAGUACAUCCUCAUCGUCUCUGCGUGCAUCGUUCCAAUUUUUGCCGACAUAACAACAUCGUUAAGCAGCUCCAUAGGUUCUUGGAUAAUUGCAGCUACGGGACUAAAAUGGCGAUCCCCGCCACCGGAUGAAGGCAAACAAGUCACUGGAUUCAGAAGGAAGUUCUGGAUACAUGCUAUUCUGUACACAGCAACCUGCGUGUUGUGGGUCUUAAUGGUAUCUGUUGCUUUUUAUUUCAACGGGAAACUGGAGAUACAAGGAGAGAUGAUGACAGGACAAGAAAUUAUCCACAGUGCUUAUCAUUCUGACGCUUGGCAGAAAUUAUCGGCCAGUUUGCACCAGUUGUACAGAACAGGAGUUUGGCCAAUAGUACGAGAACUGACCGCCUCAAUCACUAUGGCAGAGAAAAUCAAAGCCUACUGGUUACUGGGCAUCUCUCCCUGGACUAGUAGUGACGAGAUCUCCAAGCGGUGCCGGAGACUUCUAGCGGAGAGCCAUCCAGACCGAUUCAAACGACAAGAGGAGAGAGACGAGGCGCAAACCAGAUAUGUGCAGGUCAACCACGCCUGCUCAUACUUGACUGAGAGCCGCUCAAGGAAACUGCAGGAAGAUCCCGAGUUGUGA